CAAGCAUACGAUUGUGCGGUACAACUUUCUCCUUUAGAAUGUUAAGUUUUGGGUUCAAACCCUUCCAUCACAAUCUAAAAUUUAAUUUUUCCAACUUCACGCGGAGCGUUGGGCCCACAAAACGCGUAGGCCCACAAAAGUGACAGCCACCUUCGUGUGGGCAAGAUGCGCAGACUGUGACCGGGUCUCUAGUAUUGGGCCCACAAAAGUGAUUAGUGGGGGAGACCUUCUCCAGCCUCCAACCCUCAUAAGCGCUUUAAGUGAUUUGCAUACCUUCUCCAUCCUCCGACCCUCGUAAUAUACCUUCUUUCCAAACCAUGGAUUUAGAUAUAGAAGCGCUUCAUAAAAGCCACAAGCUAUUAACUCUGAUAAACGAGAGACAGGUGAAGCGAACCCGACACGAAGAAACAAAAGCCGCUACUCUGACAAUCGGCUAUGUCAUCUCCCAAGGGGCGAUCCUCAUCUCCAUCUCUAACCGCUCCGCCCUCCAAUGCGACGACUGGUUCGUCCCCUUCAGCCUUUCACUGUUACUGGGGGUAGUGUAUAUGAUUACCUUCUGGGAAGCCGUCAACAGGUGGUAUCAUCUCCAGUACCAUUUGGAGGUGAACGAUUUGGAUGCGGAAGCACUUUUGCUUCAAAUCCAUCAUCCUCAUUCUCAAUUAGCUGAUCAACAGCCAUUGGAACCGGACGCGGUGCGAUUGAUGAGGAGAAAGUCUUUCAUCGGUGUACUCAUCUUGGCGUUGCUGGGCUUCCAAGGUGUGAUGUUGUACGCCUGCAGAUCCUUUCUCUGCCAUGGCUUGUAGUUAUCGAUGAGCUUAAUUCAUCUCAUGUCAAACUUUCUUCUUGGUAUGUACCUUGAUGUCGAAUUUUAAGUUUCUAAGCGUUGCGGUGUAAUAUGAAAGUGUGUUUGUGACAAGUGAGGUUGAGACUUUACAAGAAGUGAAAUAUUAUUCAUGAAGAGAAGGAUAAGGUUUGUCGAGGAUA